UGGCAGCAGGUAUCCAUCAGCUCCCAGGCCAGCUGGGAGCAGGACAGCUCUGGUUUACUGGUUUCCAGGGAUUACAGGGAACAGCACAAACUAAACCCACUAUAAAGCUGAAAGUCUUCACACCGAGAUCAGGGAAAUUCUUGUGUAAAAUCAUCUCUGUGUCCCAUGGAAGUGGAGUUUGAUGGGAUGAUGAGGUUUGUCCCCCUUGGAUCUGGGACCCCACGGCGAGGGCCGUUUCCUGCCGUCUGGCCUCGUGGCUCUGCUGUUGGUUCCCACAGCUGGAAGCCGUGUUGCUGUUCCCUCCAGCUCUCCAGGGGCGAGCCCGAGCCAGCUCCAACAUCACACUCUCCUCACUGCCAGCUGUUCCCAGCUCCCUCCAGGAGCACCAGGCCUGGCUUGUCUCAGGAGCUGGCGCAGGCCUCGCUCCUGCCCAGGGCUGGGGCUCAGAGCCAGCCUCCCCUCCACAGCUCCUGGGAUGCUCCAUGUAACUUCCAAACCUCCUCCAACUGCACAGGCAGCCGUUGCUGCAGAUCCUCACCUCCCUCUAUCAGGAGGCUCAUACCUGGGGAAGGAUUUUGUUUCUAGGGAAGAGGCUGCAGCUCUGCAGGGUGCUCGUUUCCUUGUUGCCCAUCUCCUGGAUCACUGGCCUGAGGAUAUUCCUGACAACAGCCCAAAGUGUGGUCUGGAAGCAAGACUGGGAGCCAGAGCUCAGCACUUCACCCCUGGCAGGGGGAACAGCUCCAGCCUGAACCUGCUGCGAUUCCCAAGGGCUCUCAGAAGGAAAACUGGGGGUUGUGGUGAAGCACAAAUGAGUCAAAAAGAGUCAGAUUGUUACAACAACAACGAAAAGCAAAACACCCUGUGGAACAUGUAAACAGCAGUGCUGAGUGCCAGACACGGGAAACAGUUCUCCUGGAUGUUGGGAGAACACUGUCCAGUCCUGGGAGGAGCUGGAGAGCAUCCAGGGAGAGCAGAGAGAAUGAGCAGAGGUGUAGGAAAAACAUGACCUGCAAGGACAGCUGGAAGGAAACGGGUUUGUUUAGUCUGGAGGAGGCUGGAGAGAGGCGUGAGGAACAGUCUGACUCUCCACAAAGAGCUGUGCCUGUGGGAUUCCAGCUGUGCCUGUGGGAUUCCAGCUGUGCAGCAGGAAGAACCACUCUGGGGCUCAGAGUGACAUGGAUGUGUGGGAGGAGGGAUGCUGGAAGAGACUGCCCAUGAAAAGGGAUCUGUGCUCUCAAUGGAGGCUUUAAAAUCUAGUUUCAUCAACGGUUAAAAACCUCAGAUUCCUCUCUGGUUGCCCAGGAGGCCUCUCCAGGAGCCUCUCCUGAAGUGAUGCCUUUAUCCGAGGCCACAGAAGCUCCUGCAGCCAGAGGUGCACGUGGCCUGUGCUGUGGAAUUUCCAACCAAUAGUCUAACUUCCAAAAACUAAGGACCAAACUGGACUUGGUCCCUUCUGCAAACGAGGGCGGCUGCAGACCCACAGUGGGGUGGGAAGGGCCCGACUUGGAAGCUGUACGUGAAGCAAUUCCUCUCCUCCUGCCUCAGUUUCCCUUCCUUGUCAAAUUAAGGAAUAGAGGGGUCGAAAGCUGGAACACAGGAGAGGUUAACUCAUUCUUGCAGGAGAUAAGGAGAUGCCAAACAUUCAGUGCUCCAUGAGGGUAAUUCUGUGUCUCCAAACUGUCCUUCCCCACCUUAAAUGUUUCACCUGCAGAUCUUUCCAGCUCUGCCCUGGGCUGUGCAGCCCUUGCCCCAGUUCUGCCAAAUUUCAGAUUGCACAAGCCUGGCUGAGGGCUGAGGGCAUUGUCCAGAGCUCCCUACCCCCACCCUCAUCCCAUGUUUGCUUUCUGUUUCCACAGCAGGAUUUGUUCACCUGCAGGAAAACAAGGCACAGCCCCCCAUGGGAGGGACUCCAGCCCCUCCUUCCUGGAGCAGCUGCUGCUUUCCCAGUCUUUUUUGGGACAGAAAAGCCUGACUGUUGCACCAGACGGAGGGUGAAGGUCGAGGCUGUGCUGACAUUGGACACUGGCCAUCCAAGGAGGGGAAAAGUCAGAGCUGUGGCCAGUGGCAAAGGGCACAGCGUGAUGCCAGAGCUGAGCCCUCCCUCUGCUCCAUCUUUCCCGUGUCCUGCUCCCUGUCCAGGGGCAGCUUCUUCACCACCUUUGCCCCCAGAGGAGUGUGACCACCAUGUGUUCCCAUCCCCUUGCUUAACACUUGGACUUGAUGACCUUAAAGGCCCUUUCCACUCUAAAUAAGCGAUCCUAUAACUUGGCAGGGCUGUCACUCUUCCCCAGGGAUUGCAGGAUCGUGCUCCCAUCCCAGCACUCCACUGCAGGACCUUCACCCGGGCUGGAGAGAUGUGCCGAGUCCAGCUGAAGCCCCCGGGGGUGUGAGGAAGGCAAAGGCAGCACCGCACGAUGCCUGUGGCAGAGCGGGUCCUCCUCCGCCCGGUCACCAUGGGGCUGCUCCUGCACAGCCUCUUCCUCCUCCUCCUCCUCCUCCUCCUGGGCUGCUGCCUCCGCCCGGCCACCGCCUUCCCCAAGGGCUGCUACCCCUCGGAGGAGGAGGGGCUGAAGACCUUCCGCUGCAGCAACGCUCGGCUGACCGAGAUCCCCAGAGACAUCCCCAACGACACCAACAAGCUCUACCUGGACUCCAACCGCAUCCCCUUCCUGCCCCGCGACGCCUUCCGGGACCUGCCGCUCCUGCUGGAGCUGGACCUGUCCCACAACGCCAUCGCCAGCGUGGAGAGCGGGGCUUUCCGGGGCCUGGCAGAGCACCUGCACUCCCUGGACUUGUCUUCCAACAGGCUGGUGUCGGUCAGCAAAGACGCCUUCAGCAACCUGAAGGCCAAGGUGAACCUGUCCAACAACCCGUGGCUGUGUGACUGCCGGCUGCAGGAGCUGAUCCGCACCGUGGAGCUGGUGGCCGGCUCCUCGGGCGGCAUCGUCUGCGACUCCUCGGCGCAGGAGGAGCACGUGGGCAAAGCCUUCCUGCAGGUCAUCGCCGACACGGACUUCUGCAACGUGUACAAGAAGACCACGGACAUCGCCAUGCUGGUCACCAUGUUCGGCUGGUUCGCCAUGGUGAUCUCCUACCUGGUGUACUACGUGCGGCAGAACCAGGAGGACGCCCGGAGGCACCUGGAGUACCUCAAGUCGCUGCCCAGCAAACAGCGGCGCUCGGAGGAGUCAUCCACCAUCAGCACUGUGGUGUGAGCACCGGCAUCCUGCGGGACACGGGGACACACAGGGCCGGGGAACAGCCGCUCGUGGCAGCAGGAGCCGUCACAGCCACCGGCGUCGCACAGAGAUACUCGUGGAUUUGCCCCGUUCUCCUCCUGGCAGCGGGAGCUGCGGCCGGUGAGUCCCUGGCUCUGGUGGCUGUGGCCAGGGAUGGAUAUCAGCCGUGAGCACGGAGCAUCCACAGUGUCCUCCCAUGUUAUGGAGGACUUGGAGCAUCCCCCUGGCACGUGGCCAUUGCUCCAACUGACCUGGACAUUUGGACCUCAUGUAAAACUUUUGUAUUUCCUUUGCAGAGAUCCCUUGGGGCAUUAACGGAAUCGGUGUUUCCACCCCUCACAGGCUGGCCUGGGCCUGGCUCCCUGGUGGGAGGGCAGUGGGAAGGAGCAGGAGGGCUGUGAGGGCAGUGCCGUGCUGGGUCACCGACCCUGGGGGGUCACGGGCUGUGACUGCAGCCAGUGGGACCAAAGGAUGGGACAGGAACUGGGGACACCCCGGCUGGGAGAGGCCAGAGGCAGCUCCAGCUCCAGCUCUUGUGUGGGUUGUGCCACCCCAUCUCCCAUUUCAGCCCCUGCUGCUCCCUGCUCCCUUCCCAGCACCCCAGGCCAGGUGGGGCAAGGGGUGUGGGGUCCCCACCCAGAGAAGGGAUCACUGGUGGGCGAACCCAGAGCCUUCCCCCUUGGAAUGUGGGGAAUAAGAACCAAAUGGGGAAUGAGCUCCCCAGGGCAGAGCCCUCUGGGGCCACCAAGGGUUGUGGGUGCUGAUGGAGGGGAACUGAGGGGUCCAGGCAGUAGGUACAGCCCUGCUGGGAUGUCAGGGGGAGCAGUUUCCCCUCAGUGCUCCCCAGGGACCACAGGGGGGGUGUUUGCAGCACCCUCACCCCCUGCUCCCCUCGGCUGCCAGAGGGGAGCUCCCACCUCACAAGCUGCCGACCAGUCACUGUGAUGGGAAAUGGGAUGGAAGGAGCCGCUGCGGCUCUUCUGCCCUCUCCCCACUCCCGCACCACUGGCAGGAGCCUGAAUCUCCCCUAAAAAAGCUCCAGAGUCCCUUCUGGGCACUUCCAGUAUUGGGCUGCAGGUUCCCUGUGGCAGUGGUGGAGGCAAGGCUGGGCACAGGGCUGGCACAGGAGGGGGUCAGUGCCCACCUUUAGGUGUGCAGGGUCCAAGUGGCGACUCAGAGCAAAGCCAGAGCAGACCCAGACUCUUCCACCCACAUGUCUGGCCCCUGGGAGAGCUGGUUUUUGCUGGUUUUGGCCUUUUUUUAAACCAACUGAAGAUAAAUUGCCUUAAUUCACCAAGAGCACCAACCAAAGCUGCUUGAACCUCCUCUGUACCGGGUCAGACCUGGCCCAGCCUCAGCCCCUGGUGCGGGCAGUGUGUUUUGGCACAGGCAGGGCUCCGGCCCCGGCCCCUGCCCGUCCUCCCAGUGCCAUGGGGAGCCGUGGGAUGGAGCUGGCCGGGAGCAGCGCCCGCACCCUUCCACAAGUGCCUAAUUCCAGCGCAGACCAGGAGCUCUGCAACGCACAAACGCCUCGGCCCCAGCUCCCAUCCAGGCAUCCCCGCAGCCCCACGGCAGCUCCUUCCCCCUCUACAACCGGCUGCGGACAAGAGGGGCUGGGGGGACCCCCCAAGGCCCCCCUGGGCUGCUCCCCCCGGGCAGUGUGGGGGCCACCGGGACCGCCUGACCCAUCCGUGUUUGGUUUAAGGGACCUUUUACGUUCUCACUUUAUACGACAAUAAAUUGGCUGUUCCUUUGGA